AACAGUAUUAUCAAGCGCCUGCAUAACUAAUUAGGAAGAUGGCAGGAGCUCUGUCACUGCCGGACACAGAUAUUGUCAAAUAUCUCUGUGCCUGUAAGAAAUGGAAUACAAUUUACAGGCUUUACCUAUGCCGACAUUGUUUCAAGUUAAGAUGCGGUGACUGUGUUCUUCACGAGGUGGAUUCUCCAUAUUGUCCAAACUGCCUGGAGAAUAUGCCUUCAGCUGAAGCAAAAUUGAAGAAAAAUAGAUGUACCAACUGUUUCGACUGUCCAAGCUGUGGUCAUACUUUGACUACUAGAGCUACUAGUCAGAUGGUGAAAAACCCAGAUGACCCGGGAAAAUCAACUCCUAAGAAGAUGUAUUACCUUGCAUGUGGUGUGUGUAGAUGGACAACCAGAGACGUAGCAAUCCCUGAUAAGCCUGUUGCUAGUGGAGCCUGGGAAGACAUAGCAAAUCCUGAUGCUGCAAAAAUUACAUCAUUGAUGGAAUAUUACCAACAACUUGCCCAGAAGGAGAAAGUUGAAAAGGAGAGAAAGAAGUACACACGUAGGCGAAGUCAUCUUAUGUAUGCUGCAAGCAUUGACAAAUAUGGCCUGGUGUCAGUGGCGGCCAAACGUAAAGGUCUUAUGUCACCUGGACCAAAUACAACAAUAAAGGAAAAUGAAGAGGCCACUAUUAAAGCUGUUAAAGCAGUUCAAGAAGCGGAGACUGUGAGUGAGUUCCCUCCCUUGUCGGAAGAUUUCUUCACACAACCAGUCCAACUUUCAAAAAAGACAACAAUUGGUCAGAGGCUAGGUUCUCCCGAGUUUCAGCCAUCAGAGAGUGUAGACUUGUACCCUAGACAUAAACAUCUACUGAUUCGAAGAUCCUUGAGGUGUAAAGAGUGUGAACAUAAUCUGAGUAAACCAGAGUUCAACCCACUGUCAAUCAAGUUCAAGAUUCAACUUAUUGCUCUGCUUCACAUCCCAGAGAUAAGGGUCAUGCAGCCUGGGGAACUUAAAUUUAAGAAGGACACAAAAGUUGUGCUGACCUUUUCGAACCCAGCCAAUACUAACACCAAGAUACAGUUCCUGCAAGCUGAGCCAAGAGAGGGAGAAUCUGGAACAGCCAAGAUUGAGCUACCGAAGAAAGAGUUAGUACUUGCUGGGCGUGAUGACACGUCCAUGUACGAUGAUCUACAUACACAACAGGACUUCAAAGAUGAUUCUAGUGUUGUAUCAUUUCGUAAAGCUAACAGGCUUGGGGUGAUCUUCAAGGUAACACCUCAAGCACAGGAUGGAGAUGUGAAGGUGUGCUUCAUACUCAAGCACAACUAUGUGAACACGUCGGCGGCAUUGCCAAGCGAGAACCAAGAGCCUCAAAUCACAUGGCUCGAGCACCACGUGGUUGUUAACCUAGGACCAGCUCUUCCUUCGAAAUGAUGAAUUUGACAUUGUUACAAUAGCAACAUGAUGUGUUCUUUAUUUAAAUUAUUUGUAUUCUUGUUUUCAAUGGGCUUUGGAAAUAUACUUAAUAUUAUAUUAAAAUGGUUGCUUACAAAAAAAUGCUCAUGUGACUUUAUUACCAUGGCUGUAUGAGGUGUCCUUAAUUUAAACUCUUGUACUUGUAUACAAUGGGCUUUGGAAAUUAUUAUCAUAUUAUUAUUUCUAUUUUACGUGAACUGUGUGAGAAAGUUUGAAAUUUUCAUUGAUAAUUAAACAUACCCAUUUAUAUUUAUUAUUUAACAUGUGUGUUCAUGUAUGACAUUGAUUCGGUUAUUCUUACUUGGUUCUCUGUCCUUAAAUGAGCUAUAUAGUUACUCCAGUUUACAUGAAUUAUAAGUAAUCAAUAAAUAUAAAUGCUAGUUAAAGAGAGAGCAUGGUUCUUCAAAAAGGAUUACUUGAAUUUCAUAUUUCUUGCUUGACUUGAAGGAUUCAAUAUUUAAUCAUGAAUAAAAAUGCAAAAAUUAAAAUUCUUUUCUCAAAUAAGAUUAAUGUGUUAAAGUGACUUUAUGCUUAUUUUUCCACUGUCAAGAGGUGUUAAGUAAUUUAUUUCAAGAUUCAAGGAUAAGAUAUAAAAAUUACCUAACUUAUAAAAAAAAUUGCCCCACUUUUUUUGUUAAAAUUUGAACACGACCAAUACAUUGUAAAUGAUAUUUUUUAUUGAUAUUUCAUUGGGUCAAAUAGAUUAUUGAUUAUUUUUUAGUAGUAAAAUAUUAAAUUGAACACAAUUAUGGCAAGAUGUAAAAUUAUUUUGAAUGUUACCUGCACGCUUAGGUGGGCAUAAUGUCACUAAGUAAUCAACUUUGUCUUUUUUAUGAAAUUGUUAUGAAGUUGUUCGUUACUUGAAAAAUAUUUAUACUUUAUAAACAGUAUUUAAGGUAUUCAGGAAGGUUUGAUAUUUUGUUGUUAUGUGUCAACAAUGAUCACUGCCUCUUAAAGACCAGGCUAUGUUUACUUAACAUUUAGAUCUAAAAUACCUAUGCAACUGAUGCUAACCAAAUCACUGUCUGCACUCACUGAUAGCUUUUCAGUCAGUACUAUUAUCAAAAUUAUCCCUAAAAACUUACCAGUAUAAAUGUUUUUGGCCAUAUUUAAAGAUGCAUAAGUCCAUAUCAGAUAUUAAGCAUUGUAAUGGUUAAAUCUGCUCAGUAGCGUCAUUCUGUGCUCUCUUUUUUGAAGUUUGCUAAUAUAAUGCUCAUUGGCUGAUGAAGGGACCAACAAAGCUAAAAAUAGAAAAAAACUUUAAAACCUAAAACUUGCCAUGCAAAAUCAAUUGUGUCUUUACCAAGUUGUAUGUAGCAUCAUUAUGUUAUCAAACAAAAAAGUAAAAAGGAGGGAAGAGAAAAACACAUGUUAAACAUCAGAAUGGUUUGUAAACUGGUUUAUUCAAGGAUCUACUGAUUACUUUCUUCUAUGCCCUUUUGUCAAAUAAGUUGAAUAUGCUCUUUAUAGAGCAAAAAGAUAAAAAAAAAUAUCCUGAAAUAUUUAAAUCAAUAACCAAUUAAAUUAUCAAAGGCAACCAUUAUCUGUUCAUUCCCCAGAUAGUGCUAUCAAAUUUAGUUAAGCUGUCACAGUUUGAACAGACAUUUUAUCUUUUGAUGAAAUGAAUGCAUGGUCAUCACACAAAAAUAACUUUUAAGGAAAUAAAUAAAACAUUCAUUCUAGUGAAUAAAGCAGUGACUUCAUGCUUUGUUUACCACAAUUUAUCUUCCUGUAACAUAUUUGUAUGAAGCCUGUAGUCUUGUCAUUUAAAUACAACAAGAGAUAACAAUUUGCUUGUUUAUUUUUUAACAUUCUUAUAAAGAUUGUACCCAUGAUCUGGCAUUCCUGUGUAACUAUUUAUUAUAUUUAGUUAACUACACACUAUGAUAAAGGUGAAUGGUGGAUAGAGAGUGUAAUUCUACAUUUCAAUGGCUAAUUCUACAUUAUGUUAUUAACCAAUUCAUCAUUCUACAUUUUAUGGGUUAAUUCUACAUUUUCAUGUGCUCAUUCAGAAUUUAUUGGCUAAUUAUAAUUGUCAUCAAUUAAUUUAACAUAACAUUGUACAAUUCAACAUUUCAGUGGCUAAUUCAACAUUUCAUUGGCUAAUUAUACAUUUAAUUGUGUAAUUAAACAUUUAAUUGGCUAAUUCUACAUUUCAUUGGCUAAUUCUACAUUUAAUUGUGUAAUUAAACAUUUCUUUGGCUUAUUCUACAUUUCAUUGGCUAAUUAUACAUUUAAUUGUGUUAUUAAACAUUUCUUUGGCUUAUUCUACAUUUCAUUGGCUAAUUAUACAUUUAAUUGGCUAAUUCUACAUUUCAUUGUGUAAUUCAAUAUUUUUUCAUUGGCAAAUUCUACAUUUAAUUGGCUAAUUUAACAGAACAGAACAGAUAUUUUAUUUCUGAUUUGUACAUAGUACAUCAUCAUAUACAUUACAUAAUAAUAUUUGAGUAACAUGUAAUUUUCAGUGCAAUCAGUAUAAAGAAAUUAAUAAAAUAAAUGAUAUAAAGAGAUUACUAAUUGUAAUUGUAACAAUUGUCAUUGUUCAGAUAUUUGUUAUUAAGCCUCAGUUAAACAUUUCAUUGGCAAUAAUGGCUCAUUUUAUGUAGUUUGGACAAACUUAAGUGGAGUGUUUUUGUAUGUGAUUUUGUAUCGAAGAAAAGGAUAGGAUAGGAAUAUAAAAAGUCAAAUUUUAGUGUCAAUUUUUAAUGCUUCAAAGCAGCGUACCUCUUGAUAACUUGAAAAUUUAAAAGGAAAAUCUUACAAUAAUAAAAUCUGUUGUUAAAGUUAGUAGCACUAAAUCGUGCAUAUGUCAAUCGUUUUGUAUUGGAAUAUGCAGUAAUAGAUAUCUGUUUAACUUCCCAGAUACCCCUUUUUACCUACCCCUUGUACUUCCUGAGUACCUCUUUUUACCUUGAACAGCUAACCAGUCAAGGUUUUGUCAUGUGUCACAUUUACCUGGAGGACAAUUUGACCUUAGUAUUGCUUUAUAGAGAAAAAGCCUUUUCAAUAUUUUGGGGGAUUUUUUGAAAACUUUGAAGGUAAUCCUAAUCAUACUAAUCUAUGCAAUUAAGAUAUAAUACCUAUUCUAAUAUUCUUAUAGCAUAAACAGAUAGUUGUUAACAGGUGUAAUCCACAGUAAUGUAGUACCUGUGUCUGUCUUUAAUUAGUUAAAAAAAAAUAGGAAAUCACAUUUGAACAAAGUAUACCUAAUUGUGUUAAUGUUUAAAUGGUCUUUACAAAUAUUUCAAUGAAGAAGAUUAGUUUACCAAAAUAUUAACAUGCUUGGCAUAUCUGUAUCUCAAGAUCAUCAGAAACAAUUGCUUGAAAUAAGAUAAUGUAUAAUUUUCAUAAUUUUUGCCUUUACCCAAUCCAAUACUAUUGUUGUAUACAAUUUUGCACAUUUUUGGAAAAUAAUACUUCACUGGUAUUAAGUUUGUACCUGUUUUGGAAAUUAUAUAAUUUGUU